CCUUCAUAAAUAAUCAAAAUUUAUUGCACUCACACAAUACACACUCUCACUCUCUUUUUCUUUCUUCUUUCUCUCUUUUCACUCAAAAAGUUUCAAUUUCAAAGUAACGCUCUGAUUCUGAAACCAUAUUGCAGAGUUCAAAUCUCUGUUCUUGAUUCUUUCUUUGACCUAAAACAAGUUCAAUUUUUGAAAAUGUCUAGUCAUAAUACUAAUAAUCGUCGUUCAUCUUUUUCGUCUUCAACAACGUCGUCCAUGGCGAAACGACAACCUCCGGUAACAGUCACCGCUUCAGAGAACAACGCCGGAAAAGUUCUAGCUUCUGCCAAGAAACGUCCUCCUCUUACCAACCUCACAAAUCAAAAUGGUCCCCGCAAUUCAUCAUCUUUGGUAACUAAAGUUGCAAAGACAAAGAAAGAAUCUUCAUUGUGUAAUUCUUCGAGCUCAGCUAUUUCCGGCAACAAAAAACCUACUUUGUCAAAUGUUAAAUCGGCUACUGUUGUUUUUCCUAAGGCCAUUACAACUAGUACCACUAGUUCUUCAUUUUCUGAAAGAAAUGGAGUUAAGAAUGAAGUUUUUGUUCCAUUGGUUAGUACUACUUUCAAUGUUCCUGUUUCGAGUAGUAUGGAUUUAUCGUCGCCUGGUAAAUCGGAUGGAAUGUCGGUCUCUAUGGACGAGACAAUGUCGUCUUGUGAUUCUUUUAAGAGUCCUGAUAUUGAAUAUGUGGAUAAUAGUGAUGUUCCAGCUGUUGAUUCUAUUGAGAGGAAGACUUUUUGUAGUCUUAACAUUUCUGAUUCUAAUUACCCAACAGGUAAUAUUUGUAGUAGAGACAUUCUAGUUGAGUUGGAAAAGGGGGAGAAAAUUGUUAAUAUUGAUAAUGAUCAUGUGGAUCCUCAGUUUUGUGCAUCUUUUGCUUGUGAUAUCUACAAACAUUUGCGUGCAUCUGAGGCAAAGAAAAGACCUUCCACAGACUUCAUGGAGAAAAUUCAGAAGGACAUAAAUCCCAGCAUGCGUGCUAUAUUGAUUGACUGGCUAGUCGAGGUUGCUGAAGAGUAUAGACUUGUACCAGAUACAUUGUAUUUGACAGUAAACUACAUCGAUCGAUAUCUUUCUGGUAAUCCGAUGAACAGACAACAAUUGCAACUACUUGGAGUUGCUUCUAUGAUGAUUGCCUCUAAAUAUGAGGAGAUUUGUGCACCUCAAGUGGAGGAAUUUUGUUAUAUAACUGAUAACACAUACUUCAAGGAAGAGGUUUUGCAGAUGGAAUCUACUGUCUUGAAUUUUCUGAAAUUCGAAAUGACUGCUCCAACAAUUAAAUGCUUCUUGAGAAGAUUUGUACGUGCAGCUCAAGGAGUUGAUGAGGUCCCUUCACUACAACUAGAGUGCUUGACAAACUAUAUCGCGGAAUUAUCUCUAUUGGAGUACAGUAUGCUUUGUUAUGCUCCAUCACUUAUAGCAGCUUCUUCAAUUUUCCUGGCAAAAUAUAUGCUUUUCCCUUCAAUGAAACCAUGGAAUCCAACAUUGCAGCAUUACACUCAAUACCAGCCUGCUGAUUUGUGUGUUUGUGUAAAGGAUCUUCACCGCCUUUGUUGCAACAGCCCUAAUUCCAAUUUGCCUGCAAUUAAGGAGAAAUACAAUCAGCACAAGUAUAAAUAUGUGGCCAAGAAGUACUGUCCUCCUUCAAUACCUCAAGAAUUUUUCCAGAAUUGAGCAGAGUUGAAAUGUUGAAUGUCCAAUUUCCAGUUGGAAAGCGUUCGGUCGACACAAAGGGCUUCUUGUAUCUGCUUUAAUUGAUGUCGACAAAGUUUACGCUUCAAGAAUCAACUUGUAUCAUUAGCUACUGCUUCUGUGCAGCUUUAGUGGCUAGAUAGAUGUAACCGGUUUCUAAAUUUGUUUCCCAAUAAUGGCUAGCUAGAUAGAUGUAAUGGAAAAUGAAAACAAAUUUAGAAGCGAGUUUAGCAUGACAAGGUUUUAGUGUAUGAUCAUCAUUGUGCUAGUUGAUGCAAUCUUUCUAACCUUUUCAUUCAA